UAUAAUUUUAUUUUUUAAAUUAUGGUUUUGGUUUCUUUGCAAAAUAAUAAUAAAAAAACUGAAAAAACAACCACACUGUAUAUUGUUUUAUUAAUUUUAGGAUACUUGCGAAAAACUCUCUAAAAUUAAAGACCAAGUGGUGGGUAAUUAAAAAUGAAGUAAAAAAUGAGCUUUAAGAAAGAUAACAGGGAAAACCGGAAACAUGAAGACAGUUAUCUCCUCAAGUUCCUAUCAUCUUGGCACUCUAGUGUCAGUUCUUCGGUUUUUAUGGCUGCAGUGCGGGAAGCUGACAGUGACACUCACUCGCAAGUAUGGCACAGGUCCGUCAGUUUCUUCAUAGCAGUACGUAGUAGGAAGUGCAAUGCGGUUGCUCAUGGACUUGCCAAGGUUGCUCUACAUGCUGAUGGUGUCCAAGUUUGGAUUGAGGAUGAUGGCCCCUCGUGGCUACAUUACCUUAUUUUUGCUGAAUUAGCUUUGAUUGCCAGAUUUGUUAGGUGCUUAGCAACACUUUGAUGCACUCUUCUCCUCGGUCUACGAUGUCUCUCAAUGGUAUAUUAAAUUCUAGCUGGAGACUUUAUCAAUUAGUUGAGGUGUCCCUUGGGUGUUUGUGUCGAUAAUUGGUCUUUAAAGCAUCUGUAAUGAAGUAAUGGAGGCCAAUGCUUUGAUGAGAUCAACAAUGGCCUCUAUUCAUCCAUAUUGUUAUUCAUAAUUGAUAAAACUUUUUUUUCCCACUUGA